UUUUUGGCACUUUAUUGUAUCGAUAUUUUCAGACGUGACCGUACGUCUAACUGCUGUUAUUAAAAAUCCAUAGAUAUUUGUUCCUGAGUCAUGGGUGUUUUCUAUGUAGGUAUAGGUGCAAGUAUGUAUUUAUCUAUAUUUAUUAUGACUGUUAUUAAAUUUAAUUUUUAAUUUAUUUUAUGUUUCAUUACAGUGACUAAACUUGAUUGAGUAAUAUAUGUAUAAUUAUUGCAAUUUAAUAAGUUUUAGAUGUAUAAUUAUUGCUGACAUGUAUGAAUUCUUUUUAAUUAAACGUUUUUAUGUUUUUAUUAACUUUACAAAUACCUGAUGCUAGUCAAAAACGUAAUUUUAAUAUUAAUAGAAAGUCAUCUUAUUUUAUGAAACUGUAUGUAAACACUUAUAUGGGUCUUGCCUGAAUGUAAUGAUUAUUUAAUUUAAUUUUAUAUACGUAUGUAUAUUGUGCUUAGUUUGGGGCUACAAGCAAAUUUAAUAUUUUGGUGAUUUUGAGAGGAAAUUUCACCAACUGGCAGCCCUGCGAACUACCUCGUCUGACAGGCGACAUGAAUGUAAUUUCUUGUGACACCCCUGUUUCGAGACCGAUAUAAAGUCAAGCUCCGAUGCGUUUUCGGCAAUCGCACUGGAGACUGCAACUGAACCAUCCGGGGACUGAUAUACCGCGAUUUUUGCAGAAUUGAGACUGCAAUUGACACAUUCGGGGACUGACAUACCUACAAUAGAUAUGAUGGAGGCGCUAAGGAAGAUCUCGGUUUUUGUGAGUGUCUAUUUGUAUUUUUUUUCUAUUUAAGGUAGUUGAUAGAGUCAGACCAAGCUAAGUUGGCACGAUUUUGAUACCCCAGUCUGUGCAAGUGUUAAGUGUUAAUUUCAUAGAUGUUUGACGUUUAAAAUGACACUGGGCUAUCAAAAUCGCUGCCAACUUAUCUUGGUCAGACUCUAGGGAUGUAGCUGCUCUCUGUACCUGCAAUUUUUCUACCCUAUUAUGAUUCUAUUUCAUCAAUAAUUUCAUAACUUUUUCGAUACUUAUUUAGUGCUUUUUGACAUUGUAGAUGAUUAAAUAGUUUUUUGUUUAGAGUGAUAGGAUUUAUGAAUUUUUCGGUAUUUUUUCAAAUGUGCCUAAAAAUACUUGUUUCUAUCUACAAUAAAAAAUAAAUAAGUACAUAUAAAUCUAUGCUAUGAAUGUACCUACAUGUAUUCAAGGUGUUUUAUUUUCAUUGGUAAAUCACAGAUAUAUAUUUUUGAAUAGAAAAAUAAUGAACUUAAGUACUAAAAACUUACCAUUCAUAUUACGAGUAAGUCAAAAAUGAAAAAUUAUUCAUCGAUAUUUUAAACGCAUCAUUUAUAAUCAUAAUCAACUAGGUAUUUUAUUUUCAGUUAAUCCUAGUAUCAACAGUACACCUCACAACCUCCCACAUGAUGAUGGACCCCAGAACUAAUCUCCACAUACCAGAAAAGAUCCUCGGCGUGAUCGACAUCGUCCACAACCAUAAGAACAAACCUGGCCAGCAAUACCAACCUGCACAGAACCAGCAAUAUCAGCCGCAGUACCCACAGUACUUCCAGCCAGGGAAUUUCCAAGGCCAGUACCAAGGGCAGUACCAAGGACAAGGGCAGCAAAACCAAGUUCAAGGACAAAAUCAACAAUUCUACCCAGCCCCCACUCAAGGGACAUAUCCUCAGAAUAACGCUCCAGUCUAUCCUCAAGCACAACCUGCUUACCCACAAUACCCUGUCCAAAAUGGACAGGCACAAGGACAGUAUCAGUAUCAAAACGGGUAUCAAGGUCAGAAUCAGCAAAAUGGACAGUAUCAAGGGCAAAAUCAGCAAGGACAGUAUCAAGGGCAAGCGCAAACUGGAUUCCAGACUGGAAGCCAAUACCCUAAUCAAGCUGGGCAGUUCCAAGGACAAACUCAAGCUACAGGCCAAUAUCCAGGUCAAGAAGUCAGUACCGGGCAGUUUCAAGCAGUUCAAAGUACAGGCAGUCAGACCAGUGGUUUCCAGGUCACAGGAGGUCACACUGGAAACCAGGGACCCGCGUGUGUGUGCCAGGCCUGGAACAAACCUAAUACGACGAAGGGUGAGGCUGGACCUUUGGAAAAAACUGAGAACAUAGAAGUGAAUGAAGUGCCUGUUACAAUGUAAUAGCAAAGUUUUGUUACCGCAUAUUGCUUUUAGUUAAAUUUUAAUAUUAUUUAAGUGUGCAUUUAUAGAUAAGAAGUAGGUUCUGUUAAUCUGUUCCGCUAUACAAACAAUUGUAGCAUGUCAAGUGUCCGACAAAAAUCAUUUGUAUUUUGCAGUGUACAGUCGAGUUCAUAAAUAUGUAUACA